AUGGAGGACGUCCACGCUUCGGCCGCCGCCGCCGCCAAGGCCAAUCCCGACGACAGGCAGGGCGCGGGGUCACAAGUUCCAUCCGUCGCUGCGAGACAUGUUGGUCACGAGCUUCCCUUCGUAGCUCCCUCGUCAUACCUGCGCCCAAGGCCAAACACUCGCGCCAUGCCCGAGGCUCAGCCCAAGCCCAUGAGCCCGCUCGACAAGGAGCAGAUGCAAGGACUGAGACAAAUUCGGGAUUUCCUCAAAGUUCGAACAAGUUACGAUGUUCUCCCGCUCUCCUUCAGACUCAUCAUCCUUGACAACGACCUUCUUAUCAAAAGAAGCCUCAAUAUCUUGAUCCAGAACAGUACGACGCCCGAUGCACGGCUCUUGGGGCCUGACGCAGAAGCUGACCGAACUGCCUCUCUAGACAUCGUCUCUGCUCCCAUCUGGGACUCGCACAAUUCGACCUUUGCCGGUCUUCUCACGAGUACCGAUUACAUCAAUGUGAUCCAAUACUACUGCCAAUUUCCCGAUCAGCUCAAUCAGAUCGAGGACUUCCGCCUCAAUAGGCUUCGAGAUAUCGAGAAGGCUAUCGGUGUUGUGCCCCUAGAGACUCUGUCCGUUCACCCGAUGCAGCCGCUCUACGAGGCAUGUCGACAGAUGCUCAAGACCAGAGCCCGGCGUAUACCCCUCAUCGACGUCGACGAUGAGACUGGCAGGCAGACAGUCGUCAGUGUGAUCACGCAAUACCGCAUCCUCAAGUUCAUUGCCGUCAACAACGAGAACAACACCGUCAUGCUGAAGAAGACCGUCAGAGAGAUCAGCUUGGGCACAUAUACAGACCUCGCGACGGCACGGAUGGGCAACACGGUCCUCGACGUCAUUCAUCUGAUGGUCGAGCGCAACAUCUCGGCCGUGCCCAUUGUAGACAAGGAGAACAGAGUUCGCAACGUCUUCGAGGCCGUUGAUGUCAUCCCCUGCAUCAAGGGUGGCGUCUACGACGAGCUCGAAUCAAGCGUUGGCGAUGCUCUCUCAAAACGGGCGGACGACUUCCCUGGCAUCUAUACCUGCACUGAAGAAGAUCGGCUCGACUCCAUCUUUGACACCGUGCGCAAGUCGCGCGUCCACCGCCUCAUUGUCGUCGACAAUGAGAGUCAUCUCAAAGGCAUGAUCUCGCUCUCGGAUAUUCUGAAAUACGUUUUACUGCAUGGCGAGGAAGAUGAACAUGCCUAG